ACAACGUAUUUUCGAAAGAGGAAUAUAACAAAGAGGAAAAACUACCCGUGGUGUGCUGUGAGGCCAUCUGUGUUGUUAUGGACGGUGCAUCACGAGCUUAACGUUUUGAUUAAAAAAGGAUAAACUGCCCGGCUGAGGCCUCGAAUCCCUAGGGCCCCCGCCCCAUCAAACCUCCUUCCCUUUGUUGUCGGCUGCCGACCGCCUCGCCUGAACGAAACGAUCCCUGACGGUUUAUGAGAGAAUUUAUUAGGCUAUUACGGAGCUUAAUCAUUCUCUGGUUAUUGUGACUCAUUCCUCUGUCUCCGUCAGUCCUCGCAUUCCCUCACUUACUCCUUUAACGCACCCUGUAUGUCUCCACGCCGCCCCCGCCCCCGGCAAUACCACGGCAAGAACUUCCUUCGGCGACGGAAGGUUCAGGACCGCGUGAGGGAAAACAGCGUUGUGAAAACCUUUGGGCCGCUAAACAGAUCCUUGAGCAUUGACUUGCCCAAGAUCGUUGUGCAUCCCGGGGACACAGACGCCCCGGGGGAGGAACUUUACGCCCUACGACAGACUAAAUCAUCACAAGACCUGAGCGACGACAAGAGCAGCACCACCGAGGACACUGCCAGCGGGAGUGAGGAACAGCAGGAGGCUAAUGCAGCGACCAGCAGUGGGUGGAACAACGACACCAUCAGACAUCGCCUCUUAAAAUCUGUAGCGAGGAGAGAUGGGGAUAAAGUGACUCUCCUCGUGCCUCUCAUGCCAGUGUACGGAUCCCAGGGACGCAACGCUAGUGACGCCGUAAGGUCCUGGAUACGCACCAACACAAUCGACUCCCGCUGGAACAACCCCGUAAUGGCGCACAGAUAUUUGGCCAGCCCCUUCCGAUCCGUGGGCACGCAAACUGACCCGAUCAUCACUAUCACCGCCUCGUCCUCCUCCUCCACUCCCUGCAGGCGUGUUAGUGGUGGUGACGGUGGUGAUGGUGAUGACGCCUUGCUCUCUCAUCACCAUGAUUCACUAUCCCGAACCUCUCCUUGGGACAGAUUAGUGGACAUGGAGAGCACUGGGACACGGGUGAGUCUCUUCAUGACACGCAACCUCCGGGCGUCCACCCCAAACAAAUCCCAGGACCUUGCGAGCGAGGGGGCGUCCGCAGAGUGCUCGGUGGAGGUGCGGGGUGGCGGGCAGACGGUGGGCGCAGGUGGGCAGCAUUUGGGCAGUGCACGCCGCCUACCUGACCCUGUGGAAGUAAGCAGCGUGACCUACCUGUCUGUGCCGGAAACCCCCGUGUCCCGCAGGCCUUCCACGGCUGACCUGGUGAUUGAGAAGCUGCAGGUGGAGAAGGUGGAGGGCGGUGGACUCAGCAUCCAGGGAGUGUCCUUGGCCUCCAACUGUCACGUGACCUUGUGUGUGUUCGGCGUGUUCUUCAUGCUGGCUGGCGUAGUGCUCUCCUACGUCAGCUACAGCGUUACUCUUGGCGCAGACGAGGAAGGAUCAGAAGGGAAAGAUAAGAAGGGCCCUGAAGAACACCUGGCUAGCGUGUCCCAGAUGAGGAUGAUCGGCCCGGCUUUCCUGGUAGUGGGGUUCCUCAUGGUCGGUCUUGGGAUAACACUCUUCGUCCUGGCCAGAAAGAUCAGUCGAGACGAGAAAGCCAAACAGCUUGUGAUUUCAGAACAGCAACUUUGUGAACUAGAGAGCAGCUUCAGUUACUCAGCCGCGUCUCCACUGCACACUGCCUACCCGGCGCCUAAUCAGUCCUACCCAAUCCUGGCGGUGCGGCGAAAUUCUUGGUGGGUAGACACCAUGCCAAAGGACGCCGCCACAUCAGCAGAGGCACAGGAUAGCGCAGUGCAGUGCCCCUCGCCCAUAGAGGAGAGUGUGGGAGGUUCACCAACGCGCAUCCUUACACCAGUGCCCCUUGAGCUCCUGCCUGACCUCUCUGAUCCCAUUGCGGACAUCGCCUGCUUCCCCCCUUCCUCCACCCAGACGGGAUUCUCACCAGACGCUCAGUCACCACCACCCUUUAGAGACGACGGAGACACGGACAGAGAGGCAAACCUGGUGGAAGUGCGCAGUGACAUCCCCACCUUGUUCACGGCUGCGCAGGAGAUACGCCCAACCUCGACGCUAUCUCGAAUACCCAGUGGAGAAGCUGCACCCCCGCGCCUCACAAAUGGUCAGGACAUACGCGGGGGAAUACUCAAGCCCUCCAGCGCCGUGCAAAGCCGCUCCCAUGGUGUAUCAGUGCCUUCCUCCGCCGGGCAGAUUCCCUCUAUUCAGGUUACCGCCGCCACCCCUGUGCUGCCGCCGCUCCCCCGCCUCUCCCGCCACCACUCCUCCAGGCCGGACAGCCGCCCCACUACCGCGGACUCCAGAUAAUCCACGCAAGCUGAGGACAAGCUCUCCCUAAGGUGUUGAUCUUCCUCCCAUGCGCACUGACUUCGUGGUGAAAAUACUCACUCGAAAAAAAGAAAUAAAAAUAGAAAAGUUUCGUCUGGUUACUACCGAGCGAGAAUACACGGAAAUAUAUACAGGAAUCUUCUUCAAUGAUUCUACACCUGUGCAAUGAAACCAGAUCACGUGUCACAACUCCAUAAAAUGCGCAGGAAAUGUAAUUCGUCACGUCACCUGCGGGUAUAAUGAACAGGUGUGCGGGGCAAAUACAAAGGGCAUUAUGAUGAUGUUCCCAUGGUGGAUGCACGAGUACUGACGCCUCACGUGGGGGCUGUCGUGCCAGUGAGGGCUGCAAAGGACGUGUUGCGGCCAGAAGAGCGCCUGCAGUGGCUCUUUGGACGGACAGAUACAACAAAUAGAUAAGAAUGAUACGUACUAGUGUAGCUGCUAUUUCUCCUUCUGUUCCUCCACGACUCUACUAACUCCUACUCAUGUUCUUUCUCCUUCUCCUUCAGUCAGGAUAAAGCCUUAUGAGAAAAGAAGUGUCUAUAUACAUACAUAUAUAUUUAUAAAAGUUAUGAUUGUAAUAUUAUAUACAGGGUGUCGAUGUCAAGCACACACACACACACACACACACACACACACACACACACACACACACACACACAACAAAGUAAUAAGUGUUGCUGUAGGUGUCAUGGCGCUGGAUCGCCUCGUUGUGUCAUGCCCUCCCUUCCCUAAUUUUCCCUCUCCCUCAAGAGUUACUCGCUGUAAAAGGAGUUUCGCCCCCUCUUCCCGCGUCCCUCUCAAUGGCCGUUCAUUGCCUAGAUCACCCUCUUCCUCCUCCUCCUCCUCCUCCUCCUCCUCCUCCUCCUUUACUCCUAACAUACAUCAAAGACAAAUUUUCCUUUGACAGAAUGUUCGCUAUUUCCCAAAUUUUCAACAUUAAAAAAUUCUUCCCCAUGCAAUGAAAAAAUGAGGUUAACACACACACACACACACACACACAGACACACUUAAACAUUUUUCGAAUCAUUACCGCCAAAGCAACACAACUCAUUCAUAUAACUUGUAAUUUACCAUUUGUCAGUGAUGGCCGCUAGAACAGAGACAGCAGAUACGCUCCUCCUCCGCCACGUUACCUUAGGACUAGUGACAGUGACGAGGGGCCAGACGUGCAGGUACAGUUCAUAUAGGAUGGGAAGGACUGUGACUGUAAUGUGAAUAACACGCUGCUAUCACUUGUACUGUAUUCUGCGUUUUUUCCUCAAUUUUCAGAAUACCCACUGAAACUUUCAUUCAUUCUUAAAAGUUUCCACUUUUCAGAUUAUUUCAGGUCUUUAAUUUCAUUGCCAAUUCCUUCAUUGUAUAGUUCAUGAUUAAAAAAACAUCAUAUAUUUUUUUUUUUUACCAGAAAAGAACUGCAGCGCUUAAAAGUUAAUAAACGAAGGAUCUUCAAGAGUGUUUUGGUGACUGUAGCGAUACUUUGAUCAGAAUUCUGUGUCAACAACGGAAAACACUCUUGAGAACCACAUUGUUUAUCUGUGACCUUGAUAAUAACACAUUACAUCGUUGUAAUUAAAAAAAAAAAUGUUACUUCGCCCAUUUCUCGUAGUUAAGAUUCACAAAACCUCAAAACGCAGUCGAAGUUAAUGUUUUUUUGUUAGUACACUUGUGAGCACGACCAUUCCUCCCAUCAUACCUGCCUGACCCUUCAGUGUCACAAGUAGUGUAGCAACAUAAGAGAUUUUAUAUUCUGUACUGUACAGGGGCCAAUAUAUAGUAAGAGAAAC